GUUGGGUGACGUCAGACGCCGGACUCGGGAGUCAGGUGACAGCGCGGUGCUCGGUGACGUUGCGCGGUCGUUGGGCAGGUGACGGUGGGUGUUGGUGAUGGGACGCCACGUUUUCCUGACGGGCCUGCCAGGUGUUGGUAAAACAACCUUAAUUCACAAAACCAUAGAUGUCUUGAAAUCUUCUGGGGUUCCUAUUGAUGGAUUUUAUACUGAAGAAGUCAGGAAAAAUGGAAGAAGAAUUGGAUUUGAUGUUGUUACAGUAUCUGGUAAGCGAGGAACUUUGUCCAGAACUAGGGAUGAUACGGGUACUUUGAGCAGUGGAAGAUGCGAGUACAGAGUUGGUCAAUAUGUAGUAGAUAUUCCAUCCUUUGAGUGCCUGGCUCUCCCACUUCUCACAAAAGUUAAUGGCAAAGAUGACAAAGAAAAAAAGGUAUAUGUGAUAGAUGAGAUAGGGAAAAUGGAGCUCUUUAGUCAAUCCUUUAUCCAGGGUGUACGUCAAAUCCUAGAUGGAACUGGUGCCACUAUACUUGGAACUAUUCCGGUCCCUAAGGGAAAACCUUUGGGACUUGUGGAAGAAAUCAGAAGCAGAAGGGAUGUUAAAAUCUUCAAUAUUACAAAGGAUAAUAGGAACAGUAUUGUUAAAGAGAUUAUUGCAACGGUGCAAGACUGCAGAAAGCUGAAUGGAGACUGAAGAGUUAUCAAGAAUCUGAGAUUUGGAUUGUGAUAAUUAUACGAUGUAUGUGCUCUGUAAACAGCACAGGUGUUGAUGGGCCUUAGUUUUGUUUUAUGCUUUAGAUAUUUUUGUUUUUUUUCAAAGCAACCUUCAGUAAUGAUUAUGGAUUUCAAAUACUUCAACUUGCUCUUUCAGUUUCCAAGAUAAUAUGAUAAUUUGCUCUUGUAUAUAAAAGUGGUCAUUCUUACUUACCCUCUGAUUUAUGUGUGUGUUUAAUUUUGCACUGAAUACUUAGAAGAAUGUGUUGACAUUUGCUUUUUUGUAUAGUGAAGGAUCUCAAAGUGUGCUGAAUAUAUUUGUGAGGGAGCAUUGCUAGUCCUUCAACAGGAAAUUAUUUAAAAAUGAAGAUUUUCUAAAUGUUAGAAAGUUCAUUUGUUUUCAGUAUCUCUGGUAAUUAUUUUUGUCUUGGUAAUGAAAUUUGUUUGAAUACUGUAUUAAGGUUGCUCCCUCCAUCCAAUCUUCUUGAAUAAAUUCCUGGA